AUGCCUGGCGGAGUCUGGGUGCUGGCGCUGUCACUGCUGCUCUUGGCCCCGAGGGAAGCUCAAGAGUGCUCUCCUGGGGGACACCAGUUUCUUCAGAACCCUUAUAGAAGUGUCCAUUUUGACUCAUUGCACCUCCAGCAGUCAGGCUUGCAAGACCUGAUAUGUGACCACUCCCUUCCUCCCGGAUGGUAUCGAUUUCUCAUCUUUGACAGACCUGCUGAGAUGCCAACCAAAUGUGUUGAGAUGAACCACUGUGGAACGCAGGCCCCCAUUUGGCUGUCUCUGAGAGAUUCAGAAACACUACCUUCCCCUGGAGAGGUUAAGCAACUGACAGCUUGUGCCACAUGGCAGUUUUUGUUUAGCACUACAAAAGACUGCUGUCUUUUUCAAAUCCCAGUGUCUGUAAGAAACUGUGGAGCAUUUUUUGUGUACUUCCUACAACCCACUCAGGGAUGUAUGGGAUAUUGUGCAGAAGCCAUUUCUGAUGCAAAAUUACACCCGUGUGGUCCUGACGAAAUUGAAAUUGGCGGUAACUGUGUUCGUCAGCUGUCUGCCUCAUUGCCACCACCCGCUCCAGGACGGCCACAGGUUGUGGUGGAGCUGAUUGAGUCCAGGCUUUUCUGCAGGUGUGCUUUUGACGUUUCCCCUACAAACAACUCUGUGGGAUUUCUCAUAGCUUGGUCUAGACUUUCUUCUCAAGAAGUCAAAGAGGAGCUGAAGCGAGAGACCACAGUUCAGGCAUUCUCUCUGUUAGAACUGGAUGGCAUAAAUCUCAGACUUGGAGACAGGGUAUUCUGUAGUGCCUCCGUCUUUUUCUUGGAGGAACCACAUGUACAAAGUUUAGCCAUCGAAAGCCAAGAAUUUUUUGCAGGCAUUAAGUUACAACCUGAAUUGAGCACUAUAUCAGAAGAUGGGAAAGAAUACCAGUUGAGGAUAGAGAGCACAAUUCCGAUUGUUUGCUCUGAAUUCAGUGAGCUUGAUCAGGAAUGCAAAAUCUCAUUAAAACUGAAAACUGUUGAUCAAGGUAAAGAACAGCUAGGCUUAAAUUUGGCGCUGUCUUCCUGUCACUUGGACCUUCACCGGACGCCAUCCUGUGCUAAUGGAACCUGUAGCCAUGCUUUUGUGCACUACACUGCUGUGACGGAUUGUACUCAAGAUGGAGAUAGAGUUACAAACAUCGUAGUGGAACCUAUCGUGAAUGAGGAUUUCCUGUGGAACAGCUACAUUCCAGACAGCAUCCAGAUCAGAGUAAAGGAUGUCCCAACUGCUUACUGCUAUUCAUUUACUGACCCACAUAUAAUUACAUUUGAUGGCAGAGCAUAUGACAAUUUCAAGACUGGAACAUUUGUGCUUUAUAAGAGUGCGUCACGUGACUUUGAAGUCCAUGUACGUCAAUGGGACUGUGGAAGCCUUCAGUAUCCUGUGUCAUGUAACUGCGGGUUUGUUGCCAAAGAAGAAGGUGAUGUAGUUACUUUGGAUAUGUGCAGUGGUCAGCUACAUGAAUCACAGCCGUAUUUAUUUGUAAAGAGCCAAGAUGUAACCAGCAAUAUCAAGAUAAGUGAAUCUUACUUAGGAAGAAAAGUCACAAUCUGGUUUUCUUCUGGAGCGUUCAUCCGUGCUGAUCUUGGUGAAUGGGGCAUGAGUUUAACAAUCAGAGCCCCUAGCUUAGAUUAUGGAAAUACUUUGGGACUUUGUGGCACUUUUGAUGAGAACCCAGAAAAUGAUUUCCAUGAUAAAAAUGGGAUCAAAAUUGAUCAAACUGUUAAUAAUUGUGUUGCUUUUAUUAAUGAAUGGAGGAUUUUACCAGGAAAAAGCAUGUUUGACACCAUGCCAAUUUCUCUGCCCUCACCUGGAAAACUAUCCUAUUGUCGCUGCUCAUUGGACACACUUUCAUUGUAUCCAUCUUCUAAUCAUCUGGAUAGUGGUUCUCAAUCAGAAAUUAUUUCACAUUGCAAAGACCUCCCACACAUCAAAUUCUCUUCCUUGAUACCAGAACUAGAUGUCACCUCUGAAUAUAUUAAUUCAGAAGCUCUUGCCAGAGAGAUAAACAAGCAUACACUUCGAGAAGAAAAUAAUUUGAGUUACUUUCCUCAAGACAAAAAGCAUGUGAACCUAACAAAACUGGAUGUAAAUUUACAAAAACAUCUUGGGAGUGAAAAACGAGGUGCACCAAAAACUGUGGACAAUGGGAGACGCACAUGGGACCAGGGGGGUCACAACCAAGAAAUGAGGUGGGAUCGACAGCGCAGAUGGAAACGGCAAAGCUUGUAUGAGUUUCCUCCAUUUUUUGCUUUCCAAAGUCUCAGCCAAAGUGACCUAGAAGAGUUUGCUUAUUUCUUCCCUGAGGACCAUGCUGAGGAUGUCCACCAAGAGUUUGUCCCCACGUGGCCCACCCCCUCUGGCCUCACCGAGUACAGCACCUUGGAACUGUGUCAGCAGAAGCUAGCCAACUCCAGUGUAGGAAGGCACUGCCUUGCCUUUCUUGGCAAGAGACUAGACAGUGUUAUAGAUAUGUGUGUUAAGGAUGUUCUGCUAAAAGACGAUCUUAGCUGGGCAGAAGCAGGUGUAGCCCUGUUAGAAAAUGAAUGUGAAAAGAGGAUUUUGGAAGAGGGGAGAUUGAACACAGAAGAAUACGGCAGGUCGAUGGAAGACAUUCUCUUGGUAUUAAAAUGCCCCAAUUUAUGCAGUGGCAACGGGCAGUGUAUGGAAUGGGGGUGCGCAUGUUCCCCGGGCUUUAGUUCCUACGAUUGCAGUGAUUCGCACGACAAAGCUCCUGAAAUUAUAGAACUUGAGAAUGCUGGAUUCUGUAAUGUUCGAAAAUACAACUGUAUGAUGGUGAGAGUUUUCGGUCAAGGCUUCAAAGAAUCACCUUCGUUUAAGUGUGAAGUUACUAAACUGCAGUAUAAUAGCAGUAAAUGGGUCCUUGGAGAAGCUGUCUACGCACAUACUGUUUUUCAAAAUAGCAGAACUGUUGAUUGUCAGCUGCCCGCUGAUGUUCAGCAGUCUGGUACUAUGGACCUGAUGGGUGAGAAACCAAUUGUGAAGUGGCAAUUAAAGGUAUCUAAUGAUGGUUAUAGGUUCAGUAAUCCCAAAAUAAUGAUCAUCUAUGAUGGGGCUUGUCAAGUUUGUGGUCUCUAUGAAAAGGACUCAUGCACUAUAAAGGAAAAUGUUUGCAUUAUCGAUGGACUCUGCUACAUUGAAGGUGAUAAAAAUCCUGCCAGAACUUGUUUGAUUUGUAGACCUAAAAUUUCAAAAUUUACUUGGUCGAUUUUAGAAAACAACCAACCCCCAGUGAUUCAAAUACCGCAAGACAAAUUACAGACAUUUUAUGGGGAGAACCUUGUGUACCAGUUCGUGGCCUUCGAUCCAGAAGGCUCUGACAUCCAUUUUGCCUUGGACUCUGGUCCUGAAGGAGCAAAUGUUUCCUCUGCAGGACUUCUUAUGUGGAAAUCAGAGUCACAAACUCCCCAGCGAUUCACUCUACGCCUUAACGAUGACUGCAAUGCUGAAUCUAGAGCCGUGAUUGAGGUGACUGUGAGGUCUUGUGACUGCUUGAAUGGUGGGUCAUGUGUGUCUGAUAUUAGAUUUCCUCCGGGAAGUGGAGCGUACCUGUGUGUCUGCUUGCCUGGCUUCCAGGGUGGUCUUUGCGAAGUGGAGGUCACUGAGUGCCAAUCGAACCCCUGUGGCCUUGGCAGAUGUAUUCGUGGUUUUCACAGUUAUUCCUGUGAUUGUCCACCUGAGUUUAAAGUGGAAACGCAGUUUUUAAAUGAAUUUACUACACGUACUGUGGUUCACACAAGGUCUGAGAAAAGUGUAACUAAGGGAGAGGAUGGUGAAAACGCCACACAGAAGGAGAGGCAUGUUAAGCCAACAAAUGGAAAUGCCUCUACCAUUUGUAGACACCCAUGUGGAAAAAGCAGGGAGUGUGUUGCCCCCAACGUAUGCAAAUGUAAAACUGGUUACGCUGGUUCCAACUGCCAAACUGCUCUAUGUCAUCCUGAUUGCAAAAACCAUGGAAAAUGCAUUAAGCCUAACGUUUGUGAAUGUCCCCCAGGGCGUGGUGGAGCAACCUGUGAUGAAGAACAUUGCAGCCCACCUUGUCUACACGGUGGCACCUGCUUGGCUGGCAAUCUCUGCACUUGUCCUUAUGGUUUUGUAGGACCAAGAUGUGAAACAAUGGUUUGUAACAGGCACUGUGAAAAUGGAGGUGAAUGUCUUACACCAGAUGUUUGCCUGUGCAAGCCUGGCUGGUAUGGACCCACCUGUAGCACAGCCUUGUGUGACCCUGUUUGCCUCAAUGGUGGUUCCUGUAAUAAGCCGAACACUUGCCUCUGUCAAAAUGGAUUCUUCGGUGCACAGUGUCAGAAUGCUAUCUGUCACCCUCCCUGUAAGAAUGGUGGCCACUGCAUGAGAAAUAAUGUGUGCACCUGCCGUGAAGGAUACACUGGUAGGAGAUGCCAAAAAAGUAUCUGUGAUCCCAUGUGCAUGAAUGGAGGAAAAUGUGUGGCACCAAACAUUUGCUCUUGUCCUUCUGGUUGGAUUGGGAAACAAUGCGGCACACCUAUUUGCUUUCAGAAAUGUAAGAAUGGUGGUGAAUGUAUUGCUCCCAAUGUAUGCCAUUGUCCUGCCUCAUGGGAAGGAGUGCAAUGUCAAAUACCAAUUUGCAAUCAAAAGUGUCUUUAUGGAGGCAGAUGUGUAUUUCCCAAUGUAUGCUCUUGCCGCACUGGAUAUUCUGGAGACAAAUGUGAAAAGAAAAUACAGAUAAAACGCCAUUGAGUAAUGUCAAGUAUAUGAAUUACAAGCCUAUAUCUUAAGAAUGGAAAUUUUUAUUCAGAAAAAGUUGAAGUAAACUACUCGAUGUUUAUUUGAACAUCAUCUUAAAAACUAUUUUAAAGACUGAAGAAACUAAUAAAAUAUGGAGUGGUCUUAGCUGUCAUUGUUAUAGAACAAUGAAAAUAGAAAAACAGCAUUUUUAUAGA